AUGAAGGUCCUGAAAUCCAGCACGGAGGGCCGCAGGAAGAUGUCGCCCUCUUGCGCAAAAGUGGAGGUGGAGCCAAUCCCCUUGCCUGGUGAUGCUAGGGACUGGUCAGAGCUACCACUUGAUGCGCUUUCUGUAAUCUUCGCCAAGCUUGGGGCCAUUGAAAUUCUGAUGGGUGCGGGCCUUGUGUGCCACUCAUGGUUGGAGGCUGCCAAGGUCCCUGAGUUGUGGCGAUUCGUGGACAUGACCCGUCAUAAGCUGAUUUUCAAGAAGGACAACAGGGUUAUGUGUGCAAUGGCUAAAGUAGCUGUAGAUCGGUCUGCUGGGAAGCUGGAGUCGUUCUGGGGUCAGAAAUUUGUUACCUGUAAUCUCUUGAGUUACAUAGGGGAGAGGACAAGCUCAUUGAAGAGCAUCCGACUCAUUGGAUGCACGUCUAUUUUUUGUGAAGAAUUAUCUGUGUUUGCUGCGAAAUUCCCUUUGCUAGUGGAGCUAGAGCAUUCAUAUGCUUUCGGGAUUCUUGAAGAAUUUUACAAAUAUGUUGGCAGUAAGUGCCCACAGCUGAGAUGCUUGAGAGUCAACGCCGAGUAUGACGGAGUGCACCAGAUUUCAGGUAACAGCUUGACGAAGAAGGGUGUUCAUGACAUCCUCAAAAACUGCCCCCACCUCGAGUUGCUCGAUCUCAGUGACUGCUGGAAUGUGAAGGUUGAUGAUGGCCUCCGAGCAAGAUGGGCUCAUCUCAAACAUGUCAAGAUUACUGAAGGUCUGACCCCCUUCCAAGAGCUUCAUCUCAUUGAUGAACAUGAAGGACGAGAGUUCGUUGCUUACGAGGAUCCACCUCACGGGGAUGAUGAGAUGGGUGAUGAGUGGGAUAACUACUAUGAUGAUAUCUCUCUUCUCUCAGAUGGCUCUGAACCUGACUUGAGCAACAUUGACAUCGACGACAUUACCGCGUAUACUUACAUCCAUGAUUAUUAUGGCCUGUAG